CCUAGUACGGCAAUGGCGACACCACGUGACUAAUGCGGAACAACAACAAACGUAAAAAUUGAAUUUGUUGCAGUCAAGAAGCCCUUGUUGGACGACAGUCACUUCCCUGAAUAAAUGCCUCUCGUCAGCACCAAGUCAAGCAGCAGCAGUUAAUGUCGUAAUAAUUAUAAUUUUUUAUAUUGAUGUACGCGAUGUAUGGAACAUGGUUAGUUCUCCUUAUACUUUCCCAAACGCAUGGACAUUGUAUGUGCCAAAAUCAUACCACAAACUUCAGACCCAACAUUGUGAUGGUGAUGUCCGAUGCAUUUGAUGGGCGGCUGACCUUUGACCCUGGGAGUAGGGUGGUCCAGUUACCAUACUUAAACUAUCUCCGGGAGCUAGGCACUGUCUUCAUCAAUGCCUACACCAAUUCUCCAAUCUGUUGCCCCUCAAGAGCAGCUAUGUGGAGUGGUCGCUUUGUCCAUUUAACUGAGUCCUGGAAUAAUUAUAAGUGCCUGGACCCCAAUGCCACAACGUGGAUGGACAUGCUCCAACAGAAUGGCUAUAACACCUUGAGUGUUGGGAAGCUGGACUAUACUUCAGGAAGUCACUCUGUCAGUAAUCGUGUGGAGGCAUGGACGCGAGAUGUGCCUUUCCUUCUGCGGCAAGAGGGCCGGCCGGUGACAGACCUGGUUGGGGACGCGUCCACAACGAGAGUCAUGACCAAGGACUGGAGAACCACGGACAUUGCCACCCAGUGGAUCCGCCACAAAGCUGCAGCUCUCUCCCAGCCUUUCGCCCUCUACCUGGGCCUGAACCUGCCACACCCCUAUGUCACAGACUCCUUGGGGCCCAAUGCUGGGGGGUCCACCUUCCGCACCUCUCCUUACUGGCUCGAAAAGGUGAUGCCUGAAUUCAUCUCUAUUCCAAAAUGGCUGCCGUUGUCCGACAUGCACCCUGUGGACUACUACUCCACCUUCACCAAGAACUGCAGUGGGAACUUCACAGAGCAGGAGGUCAGAAAGAUACGGGCCUUCUACUACGCUAUGUGUGCCGAAACAGAUGCCAUGCUGGGCCAGGUGAUCUCAGCUUUGCGAGACACAGACUUGCUGGACACCACAGUGCUGCUCUUCACGUCUGACCACGGCGACCUGGCCAUGGAGCACCGACAGUUCUACAAGAUGUCCAUGUUUGAGGGCAGCUCCCAUGUCCCCCUGCUCAUCAUGGGGCCUGGGGUGAAGUCUGGCCUGCGGCUGAGUCAGCCAGUGUCCUUGGUGGACAUCUAUCCCACUGUGCUGGAGAUGGCAGGCGUAGCAGUGCCAGGUGGCCUUAGUGGUCAUUCACUCCUGCCUUUGCUGUCUCAGUCUGCUGCCCGGCCCGCACGGCCUCGCCCAGACUGGGUAUUGAGUGAAUACCACGGUUGCAAUGCCAAUGCCUCCACCUAUAUGUUGAGGGAGGGCCAGUGGAAGUACAUUACCUACGCAGAUGGUGUGAGUGUCCCCCCGCAGCUAUUCGACCUAACGGUGGACAAAGAGGAGCUUCACAAUGUGGCGUCCAAAUUCCCUGAUGUGUGUCGUCACCUGGACAAGCUGCUGCGCAGCGUAGUAGACUACCCCCAAGUCUCUCAGGCAAUCUGUCUCUACAAUAAGCAACAGUUUGCUGCAUGGCGAAAGAGUCUUGGUGACAAUUAUACCCAAGUCAUUGCAAACCUGCGUUGGCAUCUGGACUGGCAAGAGGAUGUGGAGAACAAUGAGAAAGCCAUCGAUGAGUGGCUCAUGACAUCUGGGUUCUCUUCUGAAAAGCUCAAAGUAUCUAUGUUUUAACUGGCCUGCUGUAUUAGAAAAGCACAAAAAUAAAGAUGUCAUGCCAAACACGACUACCAAUAACUGCACAAUCCACAACUGGUGCUGCAAACUGAAAUGAUAAUUCUGGUCAAAAUGUGAGAACACACACCCCUGUAGUUAAAGGGUAAUUAUAAUUCACUUGUUUCUUUGUUUAUUUACUCUAGUAAGAUUGUGGGCGGCAGGUAUAGUAGUGUUAGGCUAGGAACCGAAAGGUCGCUGGUUUGAAUACCCGAGGUGACGUGGUUACAAAUCUUAAGAUAUGCCCUUAAGCAAGAUACUAAACUUAUGUCAGUGCUCCAGUGGCACGAUACUACUACGGAUGACCCUGUAAAACAAUCCAUUUCACUGCACCUAUCCGGGGAGUAUGUGACAAUGAAACAUAAAAUAAAUAUAUUGUAUGUCUGGUA